CUCUUUCCUCGCUGUUUCCCUCACAAACAAAUUUCCCCAAUUAUUUUUCAAAAAAAAAACCCCAAUCUCCACUUUCUCUCUCUAGAAACAGCUUUUUCCGAUGGCGAUUUCCUUCAGCCGCGAGCAGUACCUCUACAUGGCGAAGCUAGCCGAGCAAGCCGAGCGCUACGAGGAGAUGGUCCAGUUCAUGGACAGCCUCGUCGCCGGCUCCGGCGGCGCCGAGCUCUCCGUCGAGGAGCGGAACCUCCUCUCCGUCGCUUACAAAAAUGUCAUCGGCUCGCUCCGAGCCGCGUGGCGCAUCGUCUCCUCCAUCGAGCAGAAGGAGGAAGGGCGGAAGAACGACGACCACGUGCCGCUCGUGAAGAACUACAGAUCUAAGGUCGAGACCGAGCUUACGCAGGUCUGCGCCGGAAUUCUCAAACUCCUCGAGGACUAUCUGAUCCCGUCGGCGGCUUCGAGCGAGUCGAAGGUCUUCUACUUGAAGAUGAAGGGCGAUUAUCACAGGUAUUUGGCCGAGUUCAAGGUUGGGGCUGAGGGCAAGGAGGCUGCCGAAAACACUAUGCUCGCUUACAAAGCUGCUCAGGAUGUUGCACUUGCUGAUCUUGCACCCACACAUCCUAUACGUUUGGGCUUGGCGCUGAACUUCUCGGUUUUCUACUAUGAAAUUCUCAAUGCAUCUGAGAAAGCUUGCAGCAUGGCCAAACAGGCUUUUGAAGAAGCGAUUGCUGAGCUGGACACCUUGGGUGAAGAGUCGUACAAGGAUAGCACUCUCAUCAUGCAGCUUCUGAGGGACAAUCUCACUCUUUGGACCUCAGACAUGCAGGACCAAAUUGACGAUGCUUGAACGCGUGUCUUUGUCGUACUCCUCAAGGAGGUGGGCUGAAUGUCAUGAAUUCUCUGUAAUUUUCAUAUACACAACUGGCAAAAACGUCUUUUGUAUUUUCCGUAUUCUGUUAUUGUGACUUGAUUCAUCUAAACUCCUCACCGAAGCUCGUUAAAAUGCUCAAAUAUGCUUUUUUCUCUGUUAAUUCGUAGAAUGUAAAAAAAAAAGAAGGAAAAAAGAAAUGAUCGACUCCAGAAAAUGUCCCUUCACAUCGAAGCAAAAUAUGUUGUUAGCUGAUCAUGCCUUUUCUUCAUUAUCUAUCCUUUGUUUGAGCAUGUACAAUUUUGUCUCGCGGUUGGUUUCAACGAUACUCGAUUCGAUU